CACUUGCAUACUGCGCGUGUCCUUCAAAUACCCGUGCUUCUCCCCCGACCUUUUCCUCCGCUCCAUUCCUACAUUCACAACAACCAUGUGUCCCUCAAUCGAAGAGACGCCUACCAACGGCGCCGCCAACGGCCACACCAACGGCAAUGCCGCCGAAGAGUUCACUCCCAUUGAGGCGCGCCCCAACCCGGUGCCUCACCACAAGUCGUCGCCGUAUCAGCCCGUAGGCGACUUCCUCUCAAACAUCAGCCGCUUCAAGAUCAUUGAGUCGACUCUUCGCGAGGGCGAACAAUUUGCAAACGCGUAUUUCGACCUCGAAGCCAAGAUCAAGAUCGCCAAGGCCCUCGACGAAUUUGGCGUUGACUACAUCGAAUUGACGAGCCCUGCGGCUUCGGAGCAAUCGCGCCUCGACUGCGAAGCCAUCUGCAAGCUCGGCCUCAAGGCCAAGAUUCUCACCCACGUACGAUGCAACAUGGAAGAUGCCAAGAUCGCCGUCCAGACGGGUGUCGACGGUCUUGAUGUCGUUAUCGGCACGUCUAGCUUCCUUCGCGAGCACUCCCACGGCAAGGAUAUGACGUACAUUAAGAAUGCGGCACUUGAGGUUAUUCAGUACGUCAAGUCUCAGGGCAAGGAGAUCCGAUUCAGUUCCGAGGACUCUUUCCGAUCAGACCUCGUCGAUCUACUGUCUUUGUACAGCGCCGUGGACAAGGUCGGCGUCAACCGCGUCGGUAUUGCGGACACAGUCGGCUGCGCAAGCCCCAGGCAGGUAUACGACCUCGUCCGUACGCUGAGGGGUGUCGUCUCUUGCGACAUCGAGACUCACUUCCACAACGACUCGGGCUGCGCCAUCGCGAACGCCUACUGCGCUUUGGAAGCCGGCGCUACGCACAUCGACACCUCGGUAUUGGGUAUUGGCGAGCGAAACGGCAUCACCCCUCUCGGAGGCCUGAUGGCCCGUAUGAUCGUUGCGGACCGCGACUACGUCAUGGGCAAGUACAACAUUAAGAAGCUCAAGGAAAUUGAGGAGCUUGUAGCCGAGAUGGUUGAGGUCAACAUUCCCUUCAACAACUACAUCACCGGUUUCUGCGCCUUCACGCACAAAGCUGGUAUCCACGCCAAGGCCAUCCUCAACAACCCCUCUACGUACGAGAUCAUCUCGCCUGCGGACUUCGGCAUGUCAAGAUACGUGCACUUUGCCAGCAGAUUGACUGGUUGGAAUGCCAUUAAGUCUCGUGCUGAUCAGCUCGGCUACAACAUGACCGACGCGCAGUACAAGGAAGUUACCGCGCAGAUCAAGAUCAUGGCCGACGUCAAGAAGAUCACGCUCGAUGACACGGACGCAAUCAUCUCUGCGUACCACCACAAUAUCGUCAACGGUGUCAAGAAGCCACUUCUUGAGGGUCUCUCAGCCGAGGACCAGGCUAAGAUCGACGCCGCUGAGGAGAAGCUCGGGGGCGUCAAGGAGAAGCGCCAGCUCGAUGCUGAAGCAGCGGCCGACGCGCCGCCGGCCAAGAAGAGGUAAACAAAACCGUCCGUUGAGCGGCGACAUCUAUCCUAGCAGUGAAUACUUGGAGUUACGGGUUUUCCUAUUUGUCUUGAUCUCAUUUUGCAUAUAUCUUCCGGAUCCGGAAAAGUUCGUCUGUCUUGAUACCUGGCCUGCCAAUGUUCAUAUGGCGAUGGCACGUACCGUUAUAGAGAAAAUGUGCCAUUAGUGUGUGGACGAUAAUGAACAAGUUCACCAACCUUUCCUGGAAAUGCAGAGAUACUGUUUUGAGAACAAUAGUAACUUAUGCACAUUGUGAAGUACAAGUCUUUCGGCAUUGACCAC